AUGCGUUGCUCGAAGUUUCCGGGGGGCGAGAUCAGCGUCUGCUACAACGCGGUAGACCGACACGUGGAAGCCGGGAAAGGCGACAAGGUGGCCAUCAUCCACGACAGCCCUGUGACGCAGACGGUCACCAAGAUCACUUACACGCAACUCAAGGAACAGGUGUCAAAGGUUGCCAGCGUCCUCUCGAAAUGGGGCAUCAAGAAGGGCGAUCGCGUCAUCAUCUACAUGCCCAUGAUACCGGAGUCGGUGUACGGAAUGUUGGCAUGCGCACGCAUCGGAGCCGUGCACUCGCUCGUUUUCGGGGGCUUCGCAGCCAAGGAGCUCGCGGUUCGGAUAAACCACGCUCAGGCGGAGGCUUGCCUGUCCGUCAACUUUGGCAUCGAGGCUAAAAAACUGGUACCCUACAAAGCCAUCCUAGACGAGGCAAUCAGCCUGUCCGAAUACAAGCCGAAGAAGUGCCUCAUCUUCCUCAGAGGAGAAAACGACAGGGACGUUCCAAUGACUGCCGGCAGAGACGAGAUAUGGCAGGAUGUUGUCCGCGGCGCGCAUCCGGUAGACUGUGUCCCCAUCGAGGCCAUGGAGCCUCUAUAUCUGCUGUAUACUUCCGGUACCACAGGACUGCCCAAGGCAGUCGUACGGCCCGCAGGAGGACACGCGGUCAACCUUCUCUGGACACUCGAGAAUGUGUAUGGCGUCAGAGACAAUGACAUUUGGUGGACAGCUUCAGACCUGGCUUGGGCUGUUGGCCAUUCUUGCAUAUGCUACGCCCCUCUUCUCAAAGGUGUCACAACCGUGUUGUACGAGGGCAAACCCGUGGGCACGCCAGAUGCCAGCAGCUUUUUCAGAGUGAUCAAACAGCACGGUGUGUGCGGCAUGUUCUCGGCACCCACAGCAAUGAGAGUCAUUCGGAAAGAAGAUCCCGAGGGAUGCUUUGCAAAAAAGUUCCCGAUGAAGCAGCUGCGUCAAGUAUUCUUGGGUGGAGAACGAUGUGAUCAAGGCACAAGGAGCUGGACGGCGAAGACAUUUGGCGUUCCCGUCUUGGUCGACUGGGGGCAAACAGAAAUGGGUUCACCAGCGACAGCCACGUGCGUCGGUUUGGGGAACUCAAUGGAUGUACCCGAGGAAGCAACGGGAGUCCCAGUACCAGGGUGGGAUGUUAGGGUGCUGCUAGACGACGGCUUGGAAGCAGCUCCAAACCAGCUCGGUACCGUGGCCGUCCGAUUGCCGCUGCCCCCAGGAGCCUUCUCGACACUCUUCCGGGCAGACGACGCUUUUGUUGUCAAGUACUUCGAGAAAUUUCCGGGCUACUACGACACAAUGGACAUCGGUAUUCGGCACAAGAAUGGGUACAUCAGCAUCCUCUCCAGAAGCGACGAUGUCAUAAACGUGGCGGGGCACCGCCUUUCGACCUUCCAGAUAGAAGAGACCAUCAUGAAGCAUCCGGACGUCGCAGAUUGCGCGGUCGUGGGGGUUCCGGACGAAAUUAAGGGAGAGGUUCCGCUUGCUCUCUUUGUACUGAAGAAUGAUGUAAGCAGAUCCUUGGAUGAGAUCAGAGGGCAGAUCUCCGAACUGGUUCGCAUAGACGUGGGACCGGUGGCGGCCUUCAGACUGGCCACUUGUGUGCCAGCUCUGCCAAAGACCCACUCGGGAAAGAUUCCCCGGAAGACCAUUGCCGACCUCGCCAGGGGAAAACCAGUCAAGAUUCCUGUGACCAUCGAGGAUCCCUCUGUCUACAAGGCCAUUAUGGCCUCGCUGAAAAACCUGGGCUAUGCUCUCGAUGCACCGAACCCAGUGUAGGGACUCCCUAAAGAGCCUUCAGUUCCCCACACCAACUUCACCCAAGAGCCACCCGAUACUUCAAUCACUCAAACUUGCACAUUU